GGACUGAAACAAUCGGGGUUAGGUUCCAAAGUGUCGUCGAAUGUUUCCGCGAAUGACGGAUGACUUCCCCGUGACCAGCCGGAGGCCGCUUCCGCAUCCGGCCGCCAGAUGGCGCCGUCGGGCCGCGCGGCCGCACGGGGGCGCGCGGCGGGGAGGCACCAUUGACUGGAGCCUAACGACCAUUAUUUCGUCAUCAUUUGUAAGCGCGGAGCAUGAAUUACCUCUUGAAGUCAUCAGUGAGGAUUUACGACUGGUCAACAAAGGCACGUGAUUCCCGAGCGCGCUCCCAUAUUUGGCGACAUACCUGGCAAAGUACAGUAGGGCUUCAUUGCUUAUAAUUCAUGAUUGCGUCCAUAAAUCGUGCAAGCACACAAGGAUUAUAGCGACAAAGAUCUACAAAUCGAGGCUUUAAAAAAGCAAGCAAAUGAGCUCGUACUUUGUAAACUCGUUCUCAGGGCGCUACCCAAAUGGCUCCGACUAUCAGUUACUAAAUUAUGGGACUAACGGCGCAGUGAGCGGCUCCUUCAGAGACCCUGGCACCAUGCACUCCGGGUCCUUCGGCUACAACUACAAUGGCAUGGACCUAACCGUCAACCGAGCCAACAGCGCAGGCGGCGGAGGCGCAGGCGGCGGAGGCGGCGGCGGCGGCGUUCACUUCGGGGCGGUGCAGCAGCAGCGCGAGGACGCCCGGGGCUUCGGCUACCGCCAGACGCCCACCUGCUCGCUCUCGUCGCCGGAAUCCGCGCAGCCUCCGCCGCCCCCGUCGUGCGCCGCCGCCGCCGCCGAGGUGAAGAGCGCCUCCCCGGCGUGCGACCGGAGCGCGUCCUCGGCGGCCAACAAAAGCGCCAACAACGGCGGCGGAUUCGCGGACAUCGACGACCCGAGCGCCGCCGCUCCCGAGACCGAGGACCGCGGAGGUUCCGGCUCGGGCUCGGGCACCGCUCAACGGGCGCAGGAGCCCGGCAACCUCGCCACCUCGUCCGCCCCCGCCGCCAACGAGUGCCACGCGCCGCAGAUCUUCCCCUGGAUGAGGAAGCUGCACAUCAGCCACGAUAUGACCGGACCGGACGGCAAGCGGGCCCGGACCGCCUACACCCGCUACCAGACGCUGGAGCUGGAGAAGGAGUUCCACUUCAACCGCUACCUGACGCGGCGGAGGCGGAUAGAGAUCGCGCACGCGCUUUGUCUUUCCGAGAGACAGAUCAAAAUCUGGUUCCAGAACCGCAGGAUGAAGUGGAAGAAGGACAAUAAGCUGAAGAGCAUGAGCCUGGUGACGGGCGCCAGCGCCUUCCACAACUGAGCCCGAACCACCUUCCCCCACAACGACCCCCCCCCCCGACCCCCCAUGCACCCCCACACACCCCCCCCGGCCAACCUCUGCCGCCGCUGCUAUGGAGGUGAAAGCGUUCUCAAAAUAAUAUUCAUAAUAAUAAUAAUAAUAAUAAUAAUAAUAAUACGACGGAGGGGGGGGGGAUAAAAGGAGUACUUGUAAAGCUCUGAAGCGCAGCACCUUGCAGCAUGCUAUUGUGAUAGAAGACAAAAAAAAAACAAAAAAAAAACAAACAAAACAAAACAAAAAGCAGUAUCCUGUGGUUCUUUUUAGUUGUGGUAGCGUGUAGGUGUCAAGUCAUAUCGAUGUAAAUAUUAAUAAUUGUCUUUCUCUCUCGGACGUGUUUCAACUUGAGCUCUUUCUCCAAGUGGAGUGUUUUAAAAUAAAAUGUCAUAAGAAGAAGAAGAAGAAGAAGAAAAAAAGAAGAAAAAAUAAAGCUGCUGCCAUUUGAAUGUAAACAUGGGCCCAUUAAGAAAAACUUGUUGUGCAUACUCGGAUUGUUUAGGCUGUCGAUGUGUGUGUGUGUGUGUGCGUGUGUGUGUGUGUGUGUGCAAAUUUUAGGCAGUGAUGUCAACUUUUGUUUUCUUCUCGCCAACAAGCUUUUUGUAUGUACACGUGAACUCAUAGCGCUUGGAAAUAAAAGUUUUCUCUCUCUA